AUGGUACGAUUGGACUUCGAAACAGCGGUUCUGAAAGCACUGGAAGAGAGCUUCUCGACAGCGGAAGUGAAAGGAUGUAACUUUCACUUCUGUCAGGCACUGUGGAGGAAGGCUCAGCAGCUCGGCCUGCAAUCCUUCUACGACGACUGCGCCGUCCGGAGCGAUUCGCCGAGCAGCGAGUACCCCGCCUAUCAGGCUCUCGAUCAAUUCAAGACCUACUUCAUAGACACUUGGUUGGAAAAUGAAAGCGUCUUCUCACGCCGGCUGUGGAACAAUUUCAGGAACUUUGAAACACGGACGACCAAUCACACCGAGGGCUGGCAUAAGGCGCUGAACAAUAGCGUGCAGAAGAGUCACGUCAAUCUUUUUGAGAUGAUAACCCGUCUCAAACGUCAGGAGCAAAAAAACAAGAUCCAGCGAAUGCUCCUUGACAUGGGCGAGCGGCCGAGACCGAUGCGUAAGAAAUACCGACUCCUCAAUGAGCGCCUAGUGCGCCUCGUGGAUGAGCUUGAAUCCGAGGAAACAUCACUGAUCGACUACGUUCGGCGUGCCGCACACAGCCUGUACGCCGACUAA